CAUAUUAGCGAUGAACAGCUUAGUGGCCAACACAACCGUGGUCGUUUGGUAUCAAGACUCCCUCUCUACAGCUGUGACCAAGAACGUGAUCGUCAUGUGUCUCGGGAUCUCCGUCAACUACAUCAAUGCCUGCCUCUUCCACACCUUCAGCAAACACCAGAUCUUCUACAGAAACCCUCGGUACAUCCUCUUCAUCCACCUGGUGGUCAACGACAUGAUCCAGGUGACGCUGACUAUAACCCUGUUCAUCAUCAGCUACACCAUCCACAGUGUGCAUGUCCCCGUCUGUUGGGUCAUAAUCCUGCUGGCUCUCUUUGCCACCGAGAACACGCCUCUCAACCUGGCCUGCAUGGCGGUGGAGUGCUACAUCGCCAUCUGCAUGCCGCUGCGCCACGUGCAGAUCUGCACCAUCAGGAGAACGUUGGUGCUGAUCGGUUUGAUCUGGUUUACGAGCAUGUUGUCGGUCCUUCCUGAUCUCUUCAUCACGUUGGCCACCGAGCCGCUGGACUUCUUCGGCUCCCGGGUGUUCUGCCUCAGAGAAACAGCUUUUCCAAAUCCGCUCAUAAUCAAGAAGAGAGACGUCAUCCAUUCAGUGCUUCUCGUUACAGUUUGGAUCACUAUCUUCUUCACUUACUUUAAGAUCCUGUUCACGGCUAAAGCAGCGAGCAAAGACGCUAACAAAGCCAGAAACACCAUCCUGCUGCACGGGUUCCAGCUGCUGCUGGGAAUGGCAAAAUACAUCGGCCCUCCAUUAUUAUCUUUUCUAGGCAAAAGGUUUCCUUGGAAUUAUACAGACAGUCUCUUUGCUUACUAUAUUAUUGUACAAAUCCUGCCCAGAUCCAUUAGUCCAGUUAUCUACGGCGUACGAGACAACACCUUCAGGAGGUACCUGAAAAGGUAUCUGUGUUGUAAAGUCACUAUCCAGUAACCAUUCAGAACCUACAUCAACAAAAAGAAGGUAUGUCCCAAAAAUAAAGUAAAGCUUUAUAAAGCUAAACUCCUCUCACUCCAUCUCUUCAAUUAUUCAAAGUCCUCCAAGUAACACACUCAUCGCAUGAGGUUUAAAACAAAAGUUUGCCCUGUGGAACCCCCGAACUGAUAUCUAGAAACUUCAUGUGAACAGUUUUAAAAGUACGUAGACUAGAAAUCUUUAUGGACAAACAUGA